AUGAUGAAUUCAUCGAAGACCACGAAUCUCACUGCUUUGUCAGCACGUCCAACAGGCGCUGCAGUUCCUUACCCGAAGUCGAUGAAUGAGCAGAAAAUUAAAACUAUACCUUCCGCAGCGCCUGUUUUAUCUUCUCCCAUGGAUGUCGAACAGUCGACUUCAUCUCAACUUGAUUCAACAGCGGUACCUUCGACAUCUGUUGCUGAUGCCCAGUCCAACACGAUGCAUGUAAUGCCCAUAUCUGAUGAAGAAAUUGAAAGACCGCCGCGGCACAGUCAGCUCCCCGGCGAAGAUAAUUCUGUAGUGGAUAUUUUGCAUUAUGAAUUCAAAGAUAGAGUUGGCCCGCCUUUCAAAUGUCAUACGCUGAACUUGUGGGUAGAUGGAUUUUGCGGGUCUGGGGAUCCCACUAGGUUCAGUCUUGGUUCCUUGGGUAAUAGCAGUCGACAACCAGGUGUUAUUCCAGUGAGAGGCCAGAUCGGCAAAGGUAUGCAAAUGCUCUACGAUGAAGGACGAACUUCGAUAACAUGCUUGUGCGAGUCUCCUAUUUUUGUGCAAGCUCCACUGCAUGCCAAACGCUUGAAUGACGAUACAGCCACUGUGUACAGGCUAUCGGGUGUCUCUGAAGGCGACGAUGCAUCGAAAUUCACUUUUUCCUAUUUACAACGCUUUUUAUUGUCACUGAUUAUUGCCAACAUUUAA